AUGGCGAAAUCGAUUCACUGUUUUGAGUUGAAUACUGGAGCCAAAAUUCCUUCAGUUGGGCUAGGCACUUGGAAGGCUGACCCAGGUGUUGUUGGUGAUGCUGUCACUACCGCUGUCAAGGUGGGAUAUAGGCAUAUCGAUUGUGCUCGACUUUACUGCAACGAGAUCGAGGUUGGUUCUGCAUUGAAGAAGCUAUUCGAUGAUGGUGUAGUGAAGCGUGAGGAAUUAUGGAUCACCUCCAAACUCUGGUGCAAUGAAAUGGCACCCGAAGAUGUGCCAGCGGCAUUAGAUAGAACUUUGAACGAGUUGCAGCUUGACUAUGUAGAUCUAUAUCUAGUCCACUGGCCAGUGAGCAUGAAGAAGGAUUCUGUUGGCUAUGAGCCUGAAAACCUUACCCAACCUGACAUAGUCGGUACUUGGAGAGAAAUGGAGGCACUUUAUGAUGCUGGCAAGGCUCAUGCUAUUGGAGUUAGCAACUUCUCAUCAAAGAAGCUUGGAGAUCUGCUAGCAGUAGCACGCAUCCGUCCUGCUGUUAACCAAGUGGAGUGUCACCUUGUAUGGCAGCAGCCAAAGCUUCAUGCAUUUUGUCAAUCCGAGGGAGUUCACUUAUCUGGGUAUGCACCCUUAGGUUCUGCAGCUUCGAAGACUGAGGUUCUCAACAAUCCAAUUCUUAAAAUGGUUUCCGAGAAAUUAGGCAAAUCUCCAGCACAAGUGGCUCUUCGGUGGGGACUUCAAAUGGGCCACAGUGUGCUACCUAAAAGCACAAAUGAGACAAGGAUCCUAGAAAACAUUAACAUUUUUGAUUGGUCUAUACCUGAAGACUUAUUUGCCAAGCUUUCUGAAAUUGAACAGGCAAGUGACAAGCUUCUCUCUCUCAAUGAGAGACUCAUUAAAGGUACUAAUUUUGUGCACGGGACCUAUGGUGCUUACCGGACGGUGGAUGAACUCUGGGAUGGUGAAAUGUGA